AUGAGCGUCCCUGAAGUGCCCCGGGACCUGCAGCUGCCCCCGAGCCACAGGGCGCAGUCCGCCUUCAAAGAGCAAAGAAGACAAAAACUUACAGAACAUCUCUUAAAAAGAAAAACCCUUUCUGCGUGCAAACAAGAAAACCAGAUAUUGCCCAGGCAACACCAGAGUGUGAUAACGUCUAAGGUUCGAGUCCAAGGAGAGACAAAAGUUGCAAAACCUAAAGCAAAAAUGGCUAAUAAAGAAAAUGCUGGUACAACUACAGGGAACAAAAAUAAUAUAUUGAUGGAAAAAAAUUGUAUUCCUUUAAAGCCAUCUAAGGAAUUAAUCAGUCCAUCUAAAGCAGUUGAUACACAAAAUUUGUGGGAUAAUAAUCAAACUUUGCCUUUACUAUUUAAAGAUGAACCCCAAAGUCAACAUAUGACAUUAAGCCAAGCAUUUCACUUUAAAAACAACAGUAAAAAGAAACAAAUAAUUCCAGAAAAACCAAGGCAAGAGGCUAGCAUGCCCAAGAAACCUAUUCUUGGAUCUUAUCGAGGCCAGAUUGUUCAGUCGAAGGUUGAUUCGUUUAGAAAACCUCUUCAAGUGAAAGAUGAGAGUUCUGUAACCAACAAAAAGCCCACAACUACUGUCCCAAAAGUGACAGCCACAGUCACAAAGCCUCACCCAGUCAAUACAAGCACUGUCACAGUGAAAAGUGAAAGAGCAUCAAACAUAAGGACUACCACAACAUUUCUGAGCACUUCAUCGCAGAACAGAUCACUUGUGCGCUCCCCUAUUAGAAGUUACGAAGAGAAUCAGGACCCCAUGAAAAAAGGCAUCAACAGACCCUUUUCUAAGGUCAUUGCUAAGAAUGGACCUUGUGAAAAAGGAGUAUUGAAAUUAAAUGCAGUAGCCUUAGGUGUAAAAAUCAGUCCUUCUCAAGAUAUAAAACCAAAUAAAGCACUAUCAAGAAGUGUGAUACCUGUAGUUGUAUCCAGGCCUGCUUCAUCUUCUAAUAUCAAACUGACAGAAACAUCAAAAACCGCAAACCAGAGCAGACACACUAUAGCAAAAACAACUCUUGCUGGCAAAUUGACUUUGCCCAAAGAAACUGCAGAAGAGAGAAAAGCUCGUCUGAAUGAAUGGAAAACUGGUAAAGGCAGAGUGUUGAAAAGGCCCCCUCACUCUGUGGUUAUUCAGCCUGAACAGACAGGACAAAAUGAAAAAGCAGUGGGGUCCUUUUGGACGACCAUGGCAGAAGAAGAUGAACAAAGGUUAUUUACUGAAAAAGUAAACAAGACAUUGGCUGAGUGCCUGAACCUCAUUAAUGAGGGAUGCCCAAAAGAAGAGGUACUGACCACGCUGAAUGACUUAAUUAAAAAUAUUCCAGAAGCCACAAAACUUGUUAAAUAUUGGAUAUGCCUUGCACGUAUUGAACCGAUCACAAGCCCUAUUGAAAAUAUUAUUGCCAUCUAUGAGAAGGCCAUUCUGGCAGGAGCGCAGCCUAUUGAAGAGUUGCGGCACCUAAUUGUAGAUAUUCUAACAGCAAAGAGUCAAGAAAAUGUUAAAUUGGGAGAAAGUAACAAGGCUUGUGCAAGUAAGGAAGAAAUCCAAGAAGUCAGUAUUGAAGAUACCAACAUUGAAGAUUUAAAUUCAGAAAAACCAGAAAUGGGAAAGAAACAGCACAGAAAUACUGUAUUUCAAGAGUGCGAAAAAUUGCAAGAUGUACAAAAGAAAGAACCAGACAAUGAUACUAAGACCCCCAAUACAGAAACUAGAGCAAGUUGUUUAAUUAAAUAUAAUGUAUCUACUACACCAUACUUGCAAAGCAUAAAAAAGAAGAUAUCGUGUGAUGAAACAAAUUCUGCAUUUAAAGAUCUUAAGUUCCUCACACCAGUUAGACGUUCUCGGCGCAUUCAGGAAAAGAGUUCUCAGCUGCCAGAUAUGUUAAAAGACCAUUAUCCUUGUGUGUCUUCACUGGAGCAGUUAGGAGAGGUGGGAAAAGAAACAGAUGCUUUUUUGUGCCGCCCUAAUGCAGCUCUGUGCAGGAUGUUCUUGGAGUCAGAAGUAGAGGAGAAGUAAAUUGAUGAGCAGCAGGGGUUUUUGUGAUUGCUGGCUGUUGGCUUGAGGUCAAAGGUAGCCAGAUAUAUAG